AUGCAACCAAACGACAAUCGUCAAAUAUCGAUGUCCAAUCCUCCGGACCAGCUCGACCAGUCAUUGAAACGUCACAUAUCCCAGACCCAGGGCUCUAACGUGGGUAACAUCAAACGUCAACGCAUUUCCAUCGACAAAUCAUCUCAGCAGCUCACCUACAGUGACGUUGCCCAAACCCCAGGGUCUAGUUCUACCCUUGUUGAUAAUCCUCAAUCGACCAACGGCGACACAAUCGCUUCUUCAUACACCUCGUUGGACCCCUCUCCGCGAGAAUCCCAAGACCCUUAUGACGACCCUUACGAUGAUCCAGAGUUCGAUCAAGUCUUUGAGAGCCUCACCGGACCCAAUUCUAUCGACAAGUCAGGAACGUCACCGCUUUUAGUCGACAGUGAUGAAUUUGCUCUAAAACAAUCGGACCAGGACGCCUUGGCGGACGUUCUACGUACAUGGAGCGGUAACUCGAGGUCAGCGGAUGAGUAUGACCCGCUAUUACAACACUCUUCACCGCGUCCAACAGCCGAUAUACCAGAGGGCAACAUCGGAUAUGCACCUUUAGAUGAAGGUAUAGACUGGAGUAAUGUCCAAGAACAUACCCGCAAUAAGACAAAACCUGAAUCGACAGUCGGUUUCACAACUGGGAACGGGAGCAAAGCCCCCGAACAUGAAUCACCGAUUGCUAGACGAAAAACAUCCAUCUUUUCGCAAUCUCGAUCAUCAGCACCCACAAAUAGCCAGAGCUCAGCAAUAUUUACAGGAAACGUUUUGCUGAAACCCUUCAAAACGUUCUUCGAUCUCCAAGAGCUUGUAGAUGCGAAGACUCAAAUGUUCCGAAACCAACCUGACAUUACCUUUGAGCUCUUCGCUCGAGUCAUCUACUCAAGUCGCGAGAACUUCUACAAGAAACAGUAUUUUCGAUUUCAGAGCCUACUCAAAAAUAGCCCGCCUUAUAUAAACGGGGCACUUCUGGCCUAG